UUUCGCCGCAACAGGAAGCUUCUCCGUGAUUAACGUCUGCUCUUGAACUAGCAUCUGCUCAGUUUUUCUUGGUUUCCGCUGCUGUUUUUGUUGCUGGUCACAUGGAGACUGCGCUCUUGUAGGAUUUACGCAGGAUUUUGAGUCGCAACAUGAUCUUUAUUUCUCACACCUGCUUCUACAGCAGAUAACCAACAAUCAGCUCGGAAGAAACUGAGUUAUUUCACCUCUCGUCCUGGUCAGAAGUUUUCCUCAAACUGAUGGCUGGAUUUUUCCAGCAGUUACGACUCCUUCUUUGGAAAAAUGGCCUGGGGAUCAUCAGGCAGCCGGUCUGGUCUCUGGUUCUCCUCAUUUGGCCUGUAGUGAUCUUCAUCAUAUUAGCCAUCACUCGCUCGCAGUUUCCUCCGAUUCUCAGAGACUCGUGUUAUGUGGCCCCGAGGAACCUCCCAAGUGCAGGGUUCUUCCCCUUCCUGCAGACUCUCAUGUGUAACACUGACAGCACCUGCUCCAAUAAAUCCUACCUCAUGGAAUCCAAGAGCUUCCGCCAGCGCAGGGACGUAAACACACACAGUUCUCCAUUGUUACCUCAUGGUUUGCCUCCUUUACCCGACCUGGAGAAACUUGGUUUGGUCCAUGUGAUGAGGAAGAGAGAGACAUCCAACUCCACACAGAUCUUACAGCAGUGGGAUACAUGGCUGAAUUCCAGCAUUCAGGCUUCAUCAAACCUCACCAACACUAUCUUGGAUGCCAUCAACAGCACCAUAGUGGCUGACGAGGACGUAUUGAAUGCCAUCCUGGACUCGGCAGGCACCCUGAAAACAAUCUUCUGCAACAUCUCCACGUCUGCGCUGUACGAUUACAAAUUAGCCAGCUCGGUGUUGGAGCAUUUCUGCAGGUCCAAUAAUACGGCACUGGAAGUUUCCCUCUCGACGCUGAACCAGUUCAUGGUGCAGAUGGUCCUCCAAGAUCCAAUUAAAUUCAUUGAGACCGCUGAGAUGUCUGUGGAAACGAUGGACAAGCUUCAGACACAAUCUCCGCUGUGGGACUUCCUACUGGGGUUGCCAGAUAUCUUCCUAAAAUCCACAGAUCAGGAGAGGGUCCUGGCUAUAGCUGAGCAACUAAUGGGGAUGAAGCAGGCCUUGAACUCAUUUCAGAGCAGCUUCCAGCAGGCUAACGCUUCUAUGGACAAGCUGAAUCCUGUCAUUGACGAAGGCAUCGAGUUCCUCAACUACCUCCACACCUGGAAAGGCAGAAAUGUUAACAUCUCCCUGGCUAAUGUACUGGUGAAGUCCAACAUGUCUCUGGUUAGCCCUGAAUUGGCCACCCUACAGAUUCCUCUGGAUAAGGUGCUUGUAUUGUUCAACAGAACCGCCUUCUCUGAGUUUGUGUGUACCAGCAUGUCUUUCUGUGAAAGUCAGCAAGUCAACAUGAUCUAUGGAUGGAUAGACCAAGAAAAAGUUGCUCUGCAGGUGCUGUUGACCUGGAGUCAGUCUGCAACGUCUCCAGCAGAUCUUUCUUUUGCUAAACACAUUCUGGGAAAAAUGUUUGGUGGCGUUUUCAUGGACGGACCUAACACAGGCUUUGAGAAUGGAGACAUCCAGCAAUUGACACUGCAGGAACAAGUAUUACUAGGGAUUGGUAAUACAGUGCUGGAAAUGCUGAGUGGAACCCCAAGCUGGAAUUACAUUCAAAUGCUCAUGAUGGGAGCUCAUUCUACUAUGAAGGUUGCCACAGCAGCAAUGGAGGCCCAGCUGGCCUAUGUCCAACCACUGCUGAACAAUCCAGAGAAUCUCCAGGCGAUCCUCAUGCAGAAUGAAACUGCAAUGCAUAACACGACACCUUGGCUGGAUGUGGAGCAGAAGAUAAAUCAGAUAUCCAGUGUCUUGAAUGGCACUUUGGUGUACAACGUCACACCCGCUAUGAUCCUGACUGAAUGGCACAGGUUAUACAGCACUGCACAAGAGUUUAGUAACACCAUCAUGGUGGCUGUUCAACUAUUCCAGGACAAACUGUUCAGUCAGUUUCCACAUAACUCAACCAUCGACUGGACAGAAAUUCUUUUAAACAGCAGUUUGGAGGAGUUUGCCAUGUUGGGACCAGUACUUCAAAACAGCAGUCAUUGGUCAACCAUAGAGACACACUUCCAACUGGCAUUCUGGAUCAUGACCUUCCAACCUAAUAUCACUAAACCACCAGACUGCACAUUUACCCCAAAUGACACUGUCUGUCAGAUGGAUUUUACAUGGGAGGAGUUUAUUCCAGUGGUUAGAUCUCUACUCCAAGAAAUCAGGGAAAAUCCUGCUGCUCUUCUGAGACCUAUCCAGGGAGCUGAGUUCCUGCUGAAAGACUCCAUGAUGGGCAUCUACAUGAAUCAUCUACAGGAAUUCCUAAACAGCACUGGAAUUAGUCCUCCUGGUGUGUCACCACAGAACAUCUCAAUGAGUCUCACUGAUUUGCUCAACCAGAACCUGCAGCUUCUCCUGAAUAUCCCAACCACUGACGAGCUAGAUGAAGACCUCUUGCUUGCCAUGUUGAAUGACACUUUAGAAGCAUUUGGCCUGGGACAGUUAGGGGUUCUAUGGUCAGAUGACUCAAACUACAGUAAUCCCAAUGCUGUGGUUAUGAAAAUCCUUCAUCUCUUGAGUCCAGAGUACAUUCAGAUGGUUCACAGUGAAGGAAAGUUUACAGUUCUCUGUGGCAUCCUAAAAGAACUCUUGGCUCCUGAGCAAAACAGUCACUUAGGAGUUUUCAACCAUACGAAUGCUCUGUUUGAAGAUUUGGCCUUCUGUGCAGCUAGUGGACAUGACUGCCUAUCUGAGGUUUCACAUCUUUUUCAGAUUUUGUCUUCACUUGAUGAAAUGAUGCCAGCAGGAGAAGGUGGAAAUUUUACCAUGAUGCCUAUCAAGUACAAUAAGACUUUGUCUGUUGCUGGUCAUAUUCUUUUCCUUCUCUUACCAGGGAACAUGUCAGAAUCUUCUCCAUAUGCAAUGGAUAACAUCAGUGAAAUCCUUCAUCUCCUUGAACAGUUGUCUGGCUCACACAAGUUUAACAUUAGUACCAUUCAGAAAGAGCUUCAGUCCUUAAAUAUCACUAUUUUUGAUUUAGCUCAUGUCAUACAUCUUUCAGAAGCUUCUCCCAUAUCUAUGCUACUCUCAAACCUCACAGAGCUCGACAAAAUCUUACAGUGCCUGAACCCUCUGCUCCAUAACAGCACAUCUCAUAUUGGUUCCAGAGUAACAGAUUGCACCAUACAGAUUAUUGAGGGGUUAACUGGUUUUCUUCAGGCCAUACCCAUGUUGGAAGAGUUCCAUCCUAAUCUUACCUCCAUUCUUAAUAUGGUGUUUGAUGAAGCCAUGGAGUUAAGGAACAUGUCUAGCCUAGAGACCGAUUUUCCUGGAAUGAAAGAACUCUUGUCUGGGGACUCAAACAGCACAACACUCUACUCUGUGGUUAUGAACAUACUCCAUCUGUUGAGACCAGAGUCCAUUCAGAUGCAUAACAGUGAAGGGAAGUUUACAGUUCUGUGUAGAAUCCUAAAAGAACUCUUGGCUCCUGAGCAACAGAUGCAAUUAGAAGGUGUUUUCAACCAUACAUAUGCUCUGUUUGAGGAUUUGGCCUUCUGUGCAGCUAGUGGACAUGACUGCCUGCAUGAUGUUUCAAAGCUUUUCCAGAUAUUGUCUUCACUUGAUGAAAUGAUGCCAGCAGGAGAAGGUAGAAAUUUGACCAUGAUGCCCAUCAAGUACAAUAAGACUUUGUCUGUUGCUGGUCAUAUUCUUUUCCUUCUCCUACCAGGGAACAUGUCAGAAUCUUCUCCAUAUGCAAUGUACAACGUCAGUGAGAUCAUUUAUCUCCUUGAACAGUUAUAUGCCUCACCCGAUUUCAACAUUAGCGCUAUUCAGGAAGAGCUGCAAGCCUUAAAUAUCACUAUUUUUGAUUUAGCACAUGUCACACAUCUAUCAGAAGCUACUUCCACAUCUGUGCUGCUCUCAAAUCUCAUGGAGCUUGUAAAUAUCUCGCAGUGCCUGAACCCUCUGCUUCUGGACAAUAUGAAUUCAUCACAUACUGGUUCCAGAGGACCAGAAUGCACCAUACAGAUUAUUGAGGGGUUAAUUAGUUUUCUUCAGGCCAUACCCAUGUUGGAAGAGUUCCAUCCUAAUCUUACCUCCAUUCUUAAUAUGGUGUUUGAUGAAGCCAUGGAGUUAAGGAACAUGUCUAGCCUAGAGACCGAUUUGCCUGGAAUCAAAGAACUUUUGUCAGAGGGCUCAAACAACACAAAACUUAACUCCGUGGUUAUACACAUCCUCCAUGUGUUGAGACCAGAGUCCAUUCAGAUGCUUAACAGUGAAGGGAAGUUUGCAGUGUCAGAUGCCAUCUUGCAUGAACUUCGACCACUUUUUGCUAAUGAGCACCAAAUCAAUUUAGAAGGUUUUCUCAAUACCACACAUGGUCUGUUUGAAGAUUUGGCAUUCUGUGAUCAGGAGUGUCUGUCUGGAGUGUCACAUAUAUUCCAGAUACUAUCUUUACUUAAUGAAAGCAUGUUGGAGAGAGAAGGUAAUUUCACAAUGAUGCCCAUUAAGGGCAAUAUGACUUUCUCUGUUGCUGGUCAUAUUCUUUCCCUUCUCCUAUCAUGGAACAUUUCAGAGUCUUCUGGAAAUAGGAUGGCCAACGUAAGCGAGAUAACCUAUUUCCUUGAACAGUUGUAUGGUUCACCGAAUCUCAGCCUCGACAACAUUCAAGAACUGCUUGAAGCCUUGAAUCUCACCAUGUCUGAUUUUGAACAAUUCUCUCAAUUAUCAGAAGCUUCAUCCAUCUCUCUGAUACUUUCAACACUCAUGGACAUUGUUAACAGCUCCCAAUGUGCAAGUCCUUUACCUCUAGGAGGUUCAUCACUUACAGGCGUCCCAGUGCCAGAAUGCAGCAUGAAGAUGAUUGAGGGGUUAAUUGGUCUCCUUCAGGCCCUACCCAUGUUUGAAGGCUACCAGACAAUUCUUACAACCACAUUAAAUAUGGUGUAUGAUGAAGCAAUGGAGUUCCGGAACAUUUCUAACUCUGAGUCUGAUCCUCUUGAAGUGACAGAAGAAGUAUUUGAAUUAAUUCUGGAAAGUAUCAGACAGAAUCUCGAAAAUCUCAAUGUGGAAAACGUGACCUCAAUUGAAACGGAGCUUGAUACACUGGAGGAACUUUUAAAAAUGGUAUUUGAAGAAGAAUACCGCUAUCCUUACUACAUGAUCAAUUCCACAAUGAUGACACAGCGGGCCUACGCUCAUAAGAUGUAUAAAGAAAUUACCCUGUGGUACCUACAUAACCUGGAGAAUGCCACAAGUGACAGCAUGUUCAGAGAGAUUCUUUACCCAUUUAUCCAGAUUACAGAAAUGAUGGCCACAAUCCAUGCUGCUCAUUUAAAUUUCUCCACACUGGUGUCCAAUCAGAUCCAGAACUUAACCGGCCAUGUUCGACCUCCACUAAACGGUGAAGAUUUAAAUCUAAUCAGCAACGCUAUAGUAUCUUUAAUACAGGGCCAACUAGAGUUGAUAAAGAUGAACCUUGAUCUUCAACAGACCUUUCUUGAUUCCUUGGGUUUACAAUCUAACACAAGCAUGCCUGCUGAUAUUAAAGCCGAGCUCCAAAACUACCACAACUUGAUGCAAAAUUGGAUCACAAACCCACAACUGAAACUUGCCUUUAGCAAUAUAUUUAAGUGGACCAAUAAUUUGACUGACCUUACCACUCCAUUUAUUGACCAUGAAGAGCUGUUGCAAGCCUUGGCUUCACUGCUUACCCCAGAGGAGCAGGUCUACAUCAACAAAACCAAACAAGUCUUACACUCUCUGAACUACACCUUGCAGCUAGGCCAAACAGAAAAUGGUCUCCAAAGUGAAAACUUCACUGAGGCCAUCAUGGAUUCUGUAAGAGUCUUCUUGGACAACAUGUUCAAUUACACAGAUACGACAUACACAAACAAUGACAUUGUUGAAGUUAUCUAUAACACACUUCAACUACUGCUGAACCCUAAUAUUAGCCACGAUCAAGCUCAGAAGCUCAUGAUACAAGUCGCACAAGAGACAGCAAGCUUUAUCAGUGCCAUUGUUCCAGAUUCUUCUGAAGUAUUGACUCCUAGUAUUCAGAGCCUUAUAACAGCUAUAAACACGAUCUCAAGCCCUGGUGAACCUGCCCAGUGGAAUCAAGCCUUUGUGGCGAUGUUGAAGGAAAUCCAGAGUUCUCUGCCUUACAAUAGCACAACCAACACCUACAUAUCCUCAAUACUGGACAUCACCAACUACAUUCUGAACCCCAAACAAGGAAACACAAGUUGGUGGGCGAGCGUAGCUGAUGUUAAUCCUGACAACCUCGAUAAUGUUACACAACCGUUUUCCGUUCUCCUGGAUUUCAUUCUCCCAUUCCUUAUGGACCACCAGGGAAUGGGUCUGACUCAUGAAUCUGCUCACGCUCUAAUCGAAUAUGUCCCGAAUCUCGUCCAGAUCUUCUCAAGAACGGCGGACCAGCUGACGUUUCAGAGACUGGAAAAUAUGACGACAGAUCUUCUGUUAAACCUGAUGACCACACCCGCAGGUGACUCCGUGCCUUUUGCUCUAGAUCUCAUCAGAAAUUUCACUGCAUCCCUGGUACAAAGCAUGCGAGUUCAAACCGAGCUGGUCUCUAGUCUCUCAGGUGUGCUGCCCUCAUGUGUUUUCUCUGCUGUGGAUUACAGCAACGUUUCUCAGAUCGCUGAAGCACUGCUACAGGCUUUCAGAUCCACUCUAGAAGCCACACUACAGGUUCCUGUGAGCAGUGAGAUGCUGAACUGCAGCUCAGUAGAGACUCUCUGGGAGCAGGUUGUUGAGGCGGAGAUGAACAGCAGUGUGUUUACAGUCUGGUGUAAUGAUCAUGUCCUCCCACUUCUCAGCAUUUACCAGGCUUUCAAUUAUGAGCCAGCAGGCUACAACGUAACAGGUAUGGAUCCUCAGUGGGUUGAUGCCACAGUUGCAGAGAUCGUGAGCUCUCUGAAGACGAUUUACUCAGCCGAGCUUAACGAGUCUCAGAGCAUGCGACAUCUGCACGACUUGCAAGACUUCGCGGAGUAUUCCAACCAGUCUCUCUGGGCCGAGGGAAAUCUAUCAGACUGGAGUGUCCUGCUCUCACAGAUACACAGUCUACCCUUUUCACAAAUGGCCUUGGAGAGUGCCAUGCUUCAGCUGAAUAAUUCAGGAGGGAAUCCGUAUGUCCUGGCAGUUCAGAAAGGCAUCGAAUACAUGCUGGGGAAUCAGAAUGUAACAGCGAGCCCUGAGACGGUCGUACAUGCUCUGGACGUAGUGCUCACCGCGAUGAACUUCAGUAGAGAGCAAAUCGACAGUUUCCUGAGUAGUGACGUAUUCACCAUGCAAUACAACUUGCCCGUUGAACAGCACACAAUAAAGGAGGUGAUGGGUCAAAUCACAGAUAUGAGACUGUUUGGAAACUGGUCCAUAAUGUACGAUAUAAUGGAGCAACUGCAGCAUGUAGAGAACACAAGCAACAUCUUGAGCAGGGUGCAUGAACUGGUCAGCUGGUACAACACUACUGAAGACACUGGAGUGUAUUUUGGCAUAAAGAUGCUCAUCAAGUUAUAUGAGAUGCUCACACCAUUUGUGCCAAAUUCAAGCCCUCUCCCAUGCUCCUCUGAACUCUUUAUCGAACUUACCGGCAAUGCUUUAUAUGCACUGGAACACAUUACUGGCACUGCCAACCUGUUCACCCCCAUUAAUUCCUACCUCAAACCAAUCCAAAUACAACUUGCUCAGGGAGAAAAUCUAUGGAACCUUGUGUCAGAAACCCAAAGUGGCAGAAGAGCAAUGCACAAUCUGACCAGAGAACCAGUGGAUGACUUUCUUGACCUCCUGGACGUCAACUACCAAAACUUAUCUGAGAUUCUUUCCAUCCCACUGAGUUCUGAAGAAAUGUUGGAGACCAUGCAUGUAUUAUUUGCAAACCCAGACCUGGGGGUCUUCCUCAAAGGUGUAACCAGAAGCAUGACAGGAAGCUUGGUCGAAGAUGAAACCAUCGACACUAUCCUUGGUACACUAGCCUACUUGACACUUCCGAGCAAUGGAGAAACCUUUCUAGAGAUGAUCACGCAGACCACCAGUCAGACCUGGGGCCUGAAUGAUAUGCAGAUGGUAGAAAGCUUGGGCGGAGUUGUCGGAAUGAUAAGGAUGCUGUCCCAGCAGCCAUCUUUGAGUAUAGCUCAGAAGAUUGAACAGAUAGCUAAUCAGCUCACUUCUGCAGCGACAUACACCAUGACACACCAAGGUAAUCGUAGUGAAAUCCUCACAGCUUUCAACAAUAUCCUGUCACAAAAUCUGCAGCAGUUGCAGAACACCAGCCUCGAGGACCAAAACAUCCUUCAAAACAUAAUCGGCUCAUUAUUAUCUAAAUCACAGUUUGACUUUGAAUCCUACAUGAUGGCGAUGAACCAAACUUCUGACGCCCUUGCCUACCUUGUACCUCCUGAGGAAAUGGUGUAUUUCAACAUGUCAGCAAGGAUGAUGGAAGCUUUUGUUUUGCUCAUGUCAUAUCCAACAGAUCUGGAGAAAGUGAUGAUGUCAAGUCACGAGAUGGCUGAUUCAUUAAAUCUCAGCUUUGCCCUUUCUAACAUGACAACUCUUCCAAACGGUCAACCCAUCAACACCAUUUUAUACUCCUUCAUCCUAAACAGUGCCUUGGCAACUCAAAUCCUUUUCAAUCUCUCUGCUUCUAACUACACCUUUAGUAGUGAUUUGGACCGAAACAUGAUCUUGACCCAGAUGAUGUCAAAGCUCCCAGAGGAACUGCAACCUGACAUCUAUCCUGUCACGUCUGCUCUCCUUUUAGCUCUUUCGAAUUUCUCAGACACAGCCAAAAUCAGACCUGUUUUCUUCCAAACCUCACAGAAUGUGACCAUGUAUCUUGUGGAACACCUCAAUCUAACAGGAGAUCCCAUGUCCAUGGAAAUAUACUCUGUCCUCUCUACUGUUUCAAGCCAGGUAUCUUCUAGUCUCUGUGAGGCCUUAACGGGAACAUCUUCCAUCGACCAGCUCCCGAAUGUGCUCAACUCUCUACACGCAGUCACAUCUUUAAUAUCUUUGAAGGACCGGAAAUACCCGGAUGCCGUUUACAACUUCAUGGAGACAUUGGCCUUGACUUUGAACCACACCAUUACCACAGGGGAUGCAGCAGGUGGAACGAAUAUGCUUUCCAACUCUGUCCAAAGACUCCUGAUGGCAAUAAUGCCAAACAGCAGCACAGAUAAGUCAAGUGGCAUUAUGACUAACCUGGAAAAUACAGUCAAGGUGCUGCUCAUGGUUCUCUCAUCAGGUCAGGACCCUCUAACUCAGAGUGCUAAUGUGACCAGUGAGUUGCUGUCCACCAUUCAGAAUUUGCUCACCGUAGCUAACAGCAGCUCUGAGAUAGAUCUAGCUACAGUGAUCAUGGGGGCCUUCAAGAUGAACGCCGGGUCUCUGCUGUCGACAAACGACAGUAACUGGUCUCAGAAAUUGCAAAUGGUGCUGUUAUCCAUCUCCAACACCCUUCCAGCUGACCUUCAGUUCGGCCCAUUCAACAGAACCAUCUUCGAAAGUUUGGCCAAUGAACCCAGGGAAAAUCUGAAUAUUCUGCUUCAGACAGUCAGCACAGUUUCUCAACUUUUCUCAACCAACUGGAUGAACGAAAGCUUCAGAGAUCUACUGAAUCAAAUGCAGACGCAGGUGUGCAGACUGGAGAAGAUGGAGUCUGUUCAGCUGCUCACUAAGGCUCUGCCUCUCGGCCCGGGUUUCCUCUGUAACACGGUUCUGCCCAGCAUCAACGCUCUUCACGUUCUCUCCUCCAGCCUGGUGAACCAGACCACUGACAUAUAUGACCUGCUCUACCAGAACUUAGUGGGAGACCCCAGCUCUUACGACCUCAAAGUGAACUGGACCUCCGCCCUCUCCAACCUGCUUGGCGUGGACUUAGGCACUUUAAUGAACUCCAACCCCAACCAGACCACCGCAAGUGAAGUGAAGGUAUCUGCCAUUUUGAAGAACGUGGACCUGUUUGUAUCUGAUGUCAUGCGGUACACCAGCAUUCCUCCUAAUGUCCUAAACACUCUGCUGGACUUGCCCCUGCCCAAGAGCAACCUGCAGGUCUUGUCUGAGUUGGUGAAGCUGCAGCAGUGCACAGAUCUCACGUCCCUGCAGCUCGACCCGGUGGAGACGAAGAUCUUCAGCUCUUUGUGCUCUCUGGCAGGUCAGGAUUGGUACAGACUGGCGGUUCUGACAGCUCAGCACAUCAGCAUGGAGGACGUCAUGUACAAGCUGUUGCUGAACAGCGAAAUCCAGAGUCUCACUGACGUCGUCUUGAGGAUGGUGAAGUUCUUUAUGGACUUGAUGAGUAAACUGACUCCUGCUCUAAACAGGCUGCAGGAAUAUUUCACCUCAUUCGGAGACAUGAAGCUGAUGUCUAACUCUGAGUUCAGAAGCUUGGUGAGAGGGAAACGCUCCACGAUGUCCAGCAGGGCCACGUUCGUCACCAUCUCACGAGCUCUGUGUAAAAGCGGCAUGUUGUCACUGUUCGGAAUCUCGCAGCUUCCCAGCAUGAGUGAGAGUAAUCUGUCUGUCCAGGACCAGCAGAAAGUGGAGGAUCUCAUGACCAAGUUCAAAAUCCCAAAAGAUUCCACUCCGUUCUGUAGAAACUUCUACCUGGACAUGGUGAGCACCACAGGAGGUGCUGUAGCCUGGGCCUUCCUCAAGCCCAUGCUCCUGGGACAAGUGCUGUAUUACCCUGACACACCGCUCACCCAAGGCAUCAUCACUAGUUCGAACUUCACGCUGCAGCAGUUCGGUGACCUGCGCGUCUACGCUGACGAGUGGCUGCGCACGUCAUCAUACCUCAUGCAGUCGACGCAGCUCCUGAAUAAAACUCUGCCCAUGCUGAAGAAUUCCCUCAGCAAUCCCUUCAUCCAAAACUUCAUCAAGAAGCAGACUGAUAUCGACAUCGUACAGAUGCAGGAAACCCUUAACAACUUCUCGAACAUGACUCAGAUGUUGGAGAAGAACAAGUUUAUCCUGAAGCAGAUCACCACACUGUCCACUCUCAUGAUGAACCUCUCGUCCUGUGUCAACUUCGACCGCUACCGUGCCUUCAGCUCCAUCAAUGACCUCAACAAACAGGCGGAGAAACUGGCCCAGAACCGUGAACUCUACGCUAGUGUCAUUUUCAAGCUGCCCACAGGAAACAAUGUGUCCUCGUCCUCCACGCUUCCUCCUAAACUGGACUACACCAUCCGCAUGCACAUUGACAACUCCAUGAGAACCGACCGCCCACGGAGCCCGUUCUGGGUGAGGUCUACCUACAUCUCUUCGAGUCUGACGCAACGCUACAACCGCGGCUUCAUCUACCUGCAGGAGAGCAUCGAGCGAGCCAUCAUCGGCAUGCAGACCGGAAAUGUAGUGCAGGAGCCGGCUGUGCAGAUUCAGGCCUUCCCCUACCCCUGCUUCUACAAAGACGAAUACCUUAACAGCAUCGCCUUCGCCUUCCCGCUCGUCCUGAUGAUCAGCUGGGUGCUCUUCAUUGCUAACUUCGUCAAGAAGCUUGUCCAUGAGAGAGAACUCCGUCUUCAUGAGUACAUGAAGAUGAUGGGCGUGAAUCCGUUCAGCCAUUUCCUGGCCUGGUUUAUUGAGAGCGCUGCGUUCCUUCUGGUCACCGUUAUCAUCCUGACCAUCAUCUUGAAAACUGGUGGCGUUCUUCCCAAGAGCAACGGCUUCGUUCUCUUCCUCUACUUGUCUGACUACGCUAUCAGCAUCCUGGCCAUCAGCUUCCUCAUCAGCACCUUCUUUGACAAGACCAACAUCGCUGGGCUGAGUGGCAGCCUCAUCUACGUCAUCUGCUUCUUUCCCUUCAUCGUGGUUGUAUGCAUGGAGGACACCCUCCCCUUAUCCAUCAAGACCCUGCUGAGCCUGUUUUCUCCAACGUGCUUCAGCUACGCCAGUCAGUACAUCACCCGCUAUGAAAAACAGGAAGAAGGGAUCCAGUGGUACAACAUGUACCUCUCUCCUGUGGCCGGAGACGAUGCGUCGUUUGGUUGGCUCUGCUGGCUCCUCCUCAUCGACUCAGUAGUCUACUUCCUGCUCGGUGCCUACAUCCGCACCGUCUUCCCAGGGAGGUAUGGUAUUGCUGCUCCGUGGUAUUUCCCCUUCACGUCAACCUUCUGGGCCAACGUCUGUGGCUGCAAUAAGAAAGCGCAAAUGAAAACAGCCAGAGGACUUCUCUUCUCCAACAUAAUGCAGGAAAGCCAGAGAAACAGCAAAGAAAAUAACAAAGAUACGUCUGAUUUACAUGCUUAUGGUGACGAAGAGUUCCACAAGCUUCCGGUCGGCGUUUUGCUUCGGGGCCUGACGAAGUCCUACGGUAACAGGAACGCCAUCGAAAACUUGAACCUGACGUUCUAUGAGGGUCACGUGACCGCACUGCUGGGGCACAACGGAGCGGGAAAAACCACCACCAUGUCCCUCCUGACCGGGUUGUUUGCUCCCUCUUCCGGUACGAUCGAGGUUUAUGGUAAAGACAUGCAGUCAUCUAUGAAGCACGUACGUAAAGAACUUGGAGUGUGCAUGCAGUAUGACGUCCACUUUGACCAUAUGACCACCGAGGAGCACCUUCUGCUGUAUGGCCACAUCAAAGCCCCCCACUGGAGCAAGCAGGAACUGCAGCAGGAAGUGCGCAAGACUCUGGAGGAGACAGGGAUGUACCCUCAUCGCCAUAAGAAGGUGGGAACGCUGUCCGGUGGCAUGAAGAGGAAGCUCUCCAUCUCUAUCGCUUUCAUUGGCGGAUCUCGGCUGGUGGUCUUAGACGAGCCCACCACUGGUGUGGACCCCUGCUCACGACGUAGCAUCUGGGACAUCGUCCUCCAGCAUAAGAGCGAUCGAACCAUCAUCCUGUCCACACAUCAUCUGGAUGAGGCUGAGGUCCUUAGCGAUCGCAUCGCGUUCCUGGAGCGCGGAGGUCUGAAAUGUUGUGGAUCUCCUUACUACCUGAAGGACAAGCUGGCUCGUGGAUACAAGCUCACUCUCACUAAGAAGGUCUUGCCUCCUGACUCGGACGACAGGUUUGAUACUGACUUGGUGAAAUCGUUCGUCCACACUCACCUACCCGAGGCUCAGCUGAAGGAGGGAGCGGCGGGAGAUAUUGUCUACUCUCUUCCUGUGUACAAUUCCCAGAAUGCAUCUGCCUACCGCUCGUUGCUCUGUGGCCUGGACCACAAUCUGGAGGCGCUACAGCUCGGCUGCUACGGCAUCUCUGACACCACGCUAGAGGAGGUUUUCCUUCAGUUGACGAGAGACAGUGACAAUCGUGAGGAGGAGCUCACUCACCCGUGUACAGUUUCAAACUCAGAGCUGGAUACCGGAGCUUCCCGAGACGGCCUGAGUGACGAACUGAACUCCAGCAUGUUCUUCGGAGAAAGAGCCAGUCUCACAGGACACUCCACAUUAAGUGGUUUAGCGCUGAAGGGUCAGCAGGUGAUGGCCAUGCUCACUAAACGUGUUCAUCACACCAGGAGGAACUGGAAGGGUUUGAUCUCUCAGGUUCUGCUCCCUGUCCUGUUCGUCCUUGCCGCCAUGGGCCUCGGCUCCAUCAAGAGCAAUCUGCAGAACUUCCCUGAGAUGGAGCUGACGCCUGCCAUGUACGACUCUGGCAAUCAGUACACCUUCUUCAGUAAUCAGAACUCCAGCUCUAGUUACCUGGUGGACUCCAUGAUGUCAUAUCCUGGCAUAGCUCACUACUGCAUGAAUCACCCUGACAGCGUCGUGUGUCAGAAGAAAGGCACGUCAGUGUCAGAUCAGUGGACCUCUGAAGGAACUCCAUCUGUGUUUGAGACCUGUAAAUGUGGGAACUUUUCACAGACAUGUCCAAAGCCUGCCUACGUUCCUCCUCAUAAGACCAACCCCUCGUCUCAAAUCGUCUACAAUCUGACCAACAUUGAUGUAGAGAACUACCUUCAGGCCAGCGCUAAUGACUUCAUCCGAAACAGGUACGGAGGCUGGUCCUUUGGGAACCCCCUUCCCAGCAGUCUCAAAAUGGACAUUUUGGAAGUGCCCAAAAACAGGACAUUAACAAAGGUGUGGUAUAACCCUGAAGGCCAUCACACGAUGCCGGCUUACCUCAAUAGCCUCAACAACUUCAUCCUGCGCUCCCAAAUCCCAGCAAGCAAACAGCCAGAGCAGUACGCAAUCUCUGUAUCCAGUCAUCCCUACCCUGGACAGGUGGAAGAAGAAGAUGCCUUGGUUCGUAACUUGGUCAAUGUCCUGGUGGCAAUGUGUGUCCUCACCGGCUUCUCCAUCAUGACAGCCAGCUUUGUCAUCUACGAAGUUCAGGAGCAUCACAGCGGCUCUAAGAUGCUGCAGCACAUAUCAGGAAUCAGUGAAACUUUCUACUGGAUCAUUAACUUCUUCUACGAUAUGGCCCUCUACAUGGUUCCUGUGACACUCUCCAUCAUCGUGAUUGCAGCGUUCCAGCUUCCUGCCUUCACGGACAGACUCAACCUGGGAGCCGUCUCACUGCUGCUCGUGCUCUUUGGAUUUGCCAGCUUCCCCUGGAUGUACCUCAUAUCAACCUUGUUCAAAGACGCAGAGAUGGCCUUCAUCAGCUACGUGUGCGCUAACCUCUUCAUCAGCAUGAACACCAUCAUCUCUACAGCCAUCGUCUACUUCCUGGGACAAGCUAACCAGAGCAACGAGCACAUCCAGGUGGUGUACCGCACCCUCAGCAAAAUAUUCCUGGUGUUCCCUCAGUUCAGCUUUGGGAACGGGCUGAUGGAGCUGGCACGUGUGGACCUGCAGGUCCAGAUCCUCAGCACAUAUGGCGUGGACGCCUAUAAGAACCCAUUCAGCAUGGACGUCCUGGGAUGGAUGUUGAUCUCACUGUUCCUGCAGGGCUUCAUCUGCUUCAGUCUGCGGCUUCUGAUGAACAAGUCGCUGUUCCGCAAAGUCGGGCGGUUGUGGACACGGCGGCAGUCGGUGCCUCAGACAGGACGUCGGGUCGAGGACGCGGAUGAGGACGUGUUGGCUGAACGCCAGCGUGUGGACAGCGGAGCCGCCAGUUCAGAUCUGCUGCAGGUCAGUCGGCUCAGCAAGGUGUACCGACAUCUGAACCGCCGUGUGCAGGCCGUCAACAAGCUGUCCUUCGGCAUCCCAGCGGGAGAGUGCUUUGGAUUGCUGGGAGUCAACGGAGCAGGAAAGACAACCACGUUUAAGAUGCUAACCGGAGACAUCAGUCCAAGUCAUGGCUCAGCGCAAGUGCUCGACUGGGAUGGGAAAAUGGUGGACAUCAUGGACUGCAGGACGGAGGGGAUUAAUAUCGGUUACUGCCCGCAAGUGGACGCUCUGGAUAACCUGCUGACAGGAGAAGAGCAUCUGUACUACUAUGCUCGCAUCAGGGGUAUCUGCAAGAGAGAGAUCGAUCAGGUGGUGAACUAUCUCCUGAAGAAACUGGAGCUGAACUACCACAGACACAUCAUCAGCGAACGCUACAGCUGUGGAACACGCCGUAAACUCUCUACAGCCCUGGCUUUGAUUGGACAGCCACAGAUCCUGCUCCUGGAUGAGCCAAGCUCUGGAAUGGACCCUCGCUCCAAACGCAACCUCUGGAAGAUCAUCUCAGAGGAAGUGAUGGGGAAAUGUGCCGUGGUUCUCACAUCCCACAGUAUGGAGGAGUGUGAAGCUCUGUGCACUCGGCUUGCCAUCAUGGUCCAAGGCCAGUUCAGAUGUUUAGGCUCCUUACAGCACAUCAAGAACAGGUUCGGAAGCGGCUUCACGGUGAAGAUGUACCUGACCUCAGCUGCGUGCGAUGUGGACUCCAUCAGCACCUUCAUGGAGCAGCAUUUCCCAAGCACGUUCCUGAAGGACCAUCACUCAUCUAUGGUGGAGUACCACGUUCCUCUAGCUCCUGGAGGUGUGGCUGACAUUUUUGACCAGCUGGAGUCCAACAAGGCGGCGCUGAAGAUCAAAAACUUUUCUGUCAGUCAGACCACACUGGAUGAGGUCUUCAUUAACUUCGCUAUGGGAAAGGUCGGCGGAGCGGCGCAGGACAACGACGAGACCUCAGAUGUGGACGAUACUGACAGUCAAAUGCAGUGAAACGAAUAACAAUUAACUCCUAAAGACUCUAUGUUUUGUGUUACUGUAAUAUUCUAGAUAUAUUUAAAUUAAAAAGUCAUUAUGUUAUAUUUUUUCAUGGAAUAAUGAAGGAUAUAAGGCACCCUUUCAGGACUGACUAAUUUAUGUCGUAAUGUACCUCCUCUCUUCGGAACUAAUUAAACCUACAUCUCUGAUUUAAUCGUCCGUUACCGCUAUAGUUUUAUAAAAUCAUCUAUGCAAAUCUUGUGCCAUUAAUAUUCAUUACAAUGAUAAUACCAAUGUCCAAGAGUUUUUACUUGCUCUGUAUUCAUAAAGAUCUGUAACUGCAUCAUUGUAAUAUAGUUAUUAAAAAUACAGAUAUAUAACUUUUAAUGAAAAAAAGUGCAUUGGACAUGAUUAUGGUGCAUUAUGAGUUGUUAAUAUGCAGGACAUAACAAAUAACAUUGACUCUGUACUGGGCAUUAUAACUCAUUAUAAACACUGAAACUUCUUACGA